ACCCAACAUUCCGACACCUCCAGCUUCAGAGCUCCGAGCUGUUUAAAUAGGCCACAACGCCACAAGAAUUUUCUCCAUCCCAUUCCCGCCAUCUCUGCAUCUUCUUCUUCUUCCUCUUCCUUCUGAUCACCUCUCCUCCAAGAAGCUUUCGUUUCUCUCAUCUGUCAAUCAUGUCGGCCUACUGCGGCAAGUACAAGGAUGAGUUGAUCAGGAACGCGGCGUACAUUGGGACGCCGGGGAAGGGCAUCCUCGCCGCCGACGAGUCGACGGGCACGAUCGGGAAGCGGCUGGCGAGCAUCGGCGUGGAGAAUGUCGAGGAGAACCGCCGCGCGCUCCGGGAGCUCCUGUUCACGGCGCCCGGCGCGCUGGACUGCCUCAGCGGCGUCAUCCUGUUCGAGGAGACGCUCUACCAGAGCACCCGCGACGGGACGCCGUUCGUCGACGUGCUCGCCGCCGCCGGCGUUCUGGCCGGGAUCAAGGUCGACAAGGGCACCGUCGAGCUCGCCGGCACCGACCGCGAGACGACGACACAGGGGCACGACGGCCUCGGCGAGCGCUGCAGGCGGUACUACGCCGCCGGCGCGCGGUUCGCCAAGUGGCGCGCCGUGCUCAGCAUCGGCAGGGCGUCGUCCAGGCCGUCGCAGCUCGCCGUCGACGCCAACGCGCAGGGCCUCGCGCGGUACGCCAUCAUCUGCCAGGAGAACGGGCUGGUCCCCAUCGUCGAGCCGGAGAUCCUCGUCGACGGCGAGCACGGCAUCGAGGCUUGCGCCGAGGUGACGGAGCGCGUCCUCGCCGCGUGCUACAAGGCGCUGAGCGACCACCACGUCCUCCUCGAGGGCACCCUCCUCAAGCCCAACAUGGUGACGCCGGGCUCCGACGCCGCCAGGGCGCCGCCGGAGGUGGUCGCCGAGCACACCGUCCGCGCGCUCCUCCGCACCGUGCCGCCGGCGGUGCCGGCCAUCGUGUUCCUGUCCGGCGGGCAGAGCGAGGAGGAGGCGACGAGGAACCUGAACGCCAUGAACCAGGUGGCGAGCAGGGGCAAGAAGCCAUGGUCGCUGACCUUCUCCUUCGGCCGCGCGCUGCAGCAGAGCACGCUCAAGGCGUGGGCCGGCAAGGCGGAGAACGUCGGCAAGGCGCAGGCGGCGCUGCUCGCCCGCUGCAGGGCCAACUCCCAGGCGACGCUCGGCGCGUACGCCGGCGACGCCGCCGCCGGCGAGGGCGUCUCCGAGAACCUCCACGUCAAGGACUACAAGUACUGAGGCUUUAUGACGAAUUGAUAUUUUUGUUUUAUAAUGUAGUGUAACAAUAAGCUGCGAUUGCUUCUAUGCUCUCGCAAUGUCGCGUAUUUGAUUUUGAUUUUUGCUUGGUCUUGUUUAGCGAGUGUUUUGUUUUGGUUCUGAAUUUUGAAAUGAAUUCAAAGUGAUUUUGUCUGCUGUUUAACAGUGAAUUAAAAAGUGGAGUACUACCUGAUGAUUCCAGGACAA